AUGGACCCCCAGCCCAGCCUCAUGGACCCCCAGCCUCAUGGACCCCCAGCCCAGCCUCAUGGACCCCCAGCCCAGCCUCAUGGACCCCCAGCCUCAUGGACCCCAGCCCAGUCUCCCCAUGGACCCCCAGCCCAGUCUCCCAUGGACCCCCCUCAGCCCAGUCUCAUGGACCCCCAGCCCAGCCUCAUGGACCCCCAGCCCAGCCUCAUGGACUCCCAGCCCAGCCUCAUGGACCCCCAGCCCAGCCUCAUGGACCCCCAGCCUCAUGGACCCCCAGCCUCAUGGACCCCAGCCCAGCCUCAUGGACCCCCAGCCUCAUGGACCCCCAGCCCAGCCUCAUGGACCCCCAGCCUCAUGGACCCCCCUCAGCCCAGCCUCAUGGACCCCCAGCCUCCUCAUGGACCCCCAGCCCAGCCUCAUGGACCCCGGCCUCAUGGACCCCCAGCCCAGCCUCAUGGACCCCGGCCCAGCCUCAUGGACCCCCAGUCCAGCCUCAUGGACCCCCAGCCCAGCCUCAUGUACACCCAGCCACAUGGACCCCCAGCCUCAUGGACCCCCAGCCCAGCCUCAUGGACCCCAGCCCAGCCUCAUGGACCCCGGCCCAGCCUCAUGGACCCCCGGCCCAGUCUCAUGGACACCCAUGGACACCAGCGCAGCCUCAUGGACCCCCAGCCCAGCCUCAUGGACCCCCAGCCCAGCCUCAUGAACCCCCAGCCUCAUGGGGGCCCAGCCCAGCCUCAUGAACCCCCAGCCUCAUGGACCCCAGCCUCCUGGACACCCAGCCCAGCCUCAUGA